UGUGACAUCACGCCACUGAAACGUUAUAAAAGCGAGACGGGACAUUAGUCCUCAGACGUGUCCCGACCGGGAGGACUCUCUUCCGUCACCAUUGGAGACGACAUUUAUUGAUUACCCAUCGACGACCGACAAAAACUUUGUCUUUGAGUAAUUAACGUCCAUAGAGUGCGGUGUGGAGCAAGCAGCACAUUCUAGCCAAUUUAAGAGAACAUCAACUCAUCAGCCAAUCACAGCGCACCGUUACUCAGCCUGAGCCAAUCAUCUUCUUGCAAAAUGGACGCCUCAGCUUCCUCCGUCCUCAUCCUCAUCUUCAUCCUCGUCGUCACUGCUGAGUCCAGGCCAUCGCCUCCACGAGACGACACCAAGGUCAUGACCUCACUGUUUGGCUCGCGGAUCUCCUCUCUCCUUGUGGCUCCGCCCCCUCAUGAGGAUGCCACAGAGGGCUCAGCUGGAAGGCCCGCCCCGUCCAGGGGAAUGGCCAGGAGUAGAGAGGCCAGACCGCAGUUCCUCGUGGACUUCCUGCGGCGGCAUUCCAAGUUGAGUAGGCGGAGCCGAAAGGCGAUGGUGGGAGGGAGAGGAUGCUUUGGGAUGAAGAUGGAUCGUAUCGGCUCCGUCAGUGGACUUGGUUGUUGACCUUUGUUUCCCUUUUUAACGACCGCCUCGUUAGUGUAGUCCACUAACGAGGGACAAAAGGUUUUCGCCUGUUCAAGACACAGGUACUUCUACCUACCUCUCACCUCUGACCCGUGGCUAAAACACAGCCAGAAGAACGUGUGUGCGUGCGUGUGUGUGCGUGGGACAAAGACAAGCAUGUAUUUAAGAUGCAUUUUUGUGUGCUUACCUUCCUAGUAUGCUGACAAACGAGGGGGUUGGUUA